CAACUUAGUUUACUGCCUGCCAUCAGUCGUUUUAUAAGUUCAAACAAAUUGGAUAUGGUUUAGUUUUGCUUGCAGUGAUCCUUUGAUCGAGGGGGCUACAUUAAGGGCUUGGCCAUUAAAGGCCGUGAAGCUUGCUUUUAUUGGAGGUGUCCAUUCUGACAAAAUAUUGUACAAUGUCGCCGGUCGGAUUCUGUGAUUUAAACGUUUAUGUUGUGCUGAAGAUACUCGACUACUGCGAUGAGUCGGACAUCGAAAAUCUGUAUUUUACUUGCUCGAAGCUGCAGGACAUCAUCGAGCACAGUAUUUACUAUAGGCGCAGUCUUGAUUUGAUAAUGACCGGACAUAAAGGCAAUUCUGCUAAUUGUAAGAGAUCUUUCACCAGGUACUCUUACCGGGAACGAAUCAAAAUGAACGAGAACUGGAUCAACGGGCGCUACAGAGAGUUAGUGCUUUUCCACCAUAGAAAAUGGUAUCCUUCCAAAGUGCUACUUGAAUCUGAUCUCUUCUACAUGUCGCACGCCGGUGCAAUACGUGUGCACAAAAGAACUAGAAAUGAAGCAGUUGACAGGAGGUAUUUGUGCGAAUUGAGUUCGUUGGAGGAGUCAGACAUAUCGCAUUUCACGAAGAAAGGCAACACCAUUUUUGCGGGCCGUGUUUGCGGAAGCUGUUUCAUAUAUGAAGACAAUUACCUCACCGAGCAACGAUUGCACGGAAUUAAGGAGUACCUGACGUGCGUUGAUUUCAUCGAUUCAACGUUCAUUACAAGCACGGAUAAAACUACAAAACUCUGGUCAAAAUCAAUUGAGCUGGGUUUGAUUAAUUUUGAAUUAGUUAAAGACUUCAAAGAGCCAUACAAAUGCCUUCGAAUAUCUGAAAGUGGGGAUAAAAUCGCGUGCGGGAUGUACACUGACUUUGGAAGGAGAGCUCUGCGGGAGAUCGACAUUGAGACUGGAACCAAGCGAAUAUUCGACUCCAACACGCUGUCGAUUUAUGAUUUACGGUACAAGGAUGAAAAUACCAUACUUACAGCCAAUUUCGACACAACGUUUCGCAUGUUUGAUCGUAGGACGAACCGUGAUGAAAUUAUAUGGAUGGAUCCGUACGAUGCGUCGUUUUAUUGCCUGGAAUACGACGGAUUGUAUGGUGUUGUGUGUGGGAUGAAGCAUUUCUGUCGUGUGAAUCUCUACGAUAUUCGAGUACCGAGGAAAUUCAUGCAAAUGUACUUUCCGGCCUUGCGAAGGAGCCAGGGCUCACCAGUGUAUAGUGUUACCUGUGAUAGUCGUUACUUGUUUGUUGUAACCGAUCAUAAUUUAAGAGUAUUAGACUUCAAAGCUGAUUGGGCGACUGUUCGCGAUUAUAGGAAUAUUUUUGUUAAUAUUUGAAUAAAGGCGUUUUGAA